AUGAAACAAUUUCUCACCCUCACCACUCUUGCGUCCACUCGCCAGAUGACAUCACUGCCUGCUAACCGAUCUGGAAGGCGGACUAAUGACGCCAUCACAUGUCUGGAGCCGACGCAUGUGAAAUCACAAAUCCCAGUUACCCCAUCCGUCCGAGUUGGGCUUUUAUCGCCAUUUCAUGCCGGUAUAACCAGAUCUCGCGCACCCUACCGGACCAGUCAUCAGGCCUCCGGUGGAUAUGGACAAUCGAGUCCCCUGAAGGGCCUUGUGUCCAGUCGGAGGGGCCGGAUUGUUUUUAUAGCCACCAUCUGUGCACCCGCGCCUAGGGUGUCGUUGGCACAUGUGAACUCUCAUGUGUCCAACAGCAAUUCGAUAUCACAUGCUGCACGACUUGCACUUGUCCGAGUCCCUCUCAGCGGGACGCGGCCACCCACGGUUGCGUCUCCACCUCGCAGCUGUCUGCGAGGCGGCUUUAUUUGCUUUUCCGACCUGCAGGCCCGUCCGACUGUCAUGUCUAAUUACCACUUUUCUGCCCACUCCAUUCCUCGUUCCCACCCAUCCGCGGACUCGUCACUUGCACCACACCUGACCACCGGCACUCGGACUCCGAACUGCAGGAGUGUCCCAGGGGAAAACGCCAAAGCCCGGAGGGGAGGCCGCCUCGAGCCGAUUUCCUCUGCCCACGGUAGGUCUUUUCGCAGAAACCGCUCAUUCGCCCAUUUCACCCCGUCCCAGUCUAACCAACUCCCUUCGCCAUGUUCUCUUCCAGAUGAAUCUGACGGCAGCCUUUCUGAGCAAACGGCCCAGGGUGCAUUCACCGGUCCGAGAGGUGUCCACGCCCAAGAUAAAAAAUUCACUGCAUGGACCGACUAUCAACUUCCGCGUGCGACGGGCUCCGUUGAGUCCGUGGAUCAAGCAGUCUCAAGACAACGCUCAUUGUCGUCCGAUCACACCGUCCCCUGUGCAAGAACACCGACCCACCCUCUCAGACGGACAAUGAGACGCAUGAUGCCCACUUUUUUUGGCUAA